AAAGCAACACUUAAAUUACUUACCCUUUUUUAAUAACCGUUAAGCUAUACACAGAUGCAUUAUAAAUAAUUCUUCAAAUCUCAUAUAGAGAGCAUACUGUCCUUCUCGUCCAGCUGUUACUACAACAGCUUACCCCACAAGGACAAGGACACUGGGUCUAGUUUAAUAAUAAUGAAGAUUUAUAUAGCGCCUUUCCAAAGAUUUCACAUAGCGCUUUACAUAAAUCAUACAAAGACUAAAUCAUUUAUAACCACGAGUCCAUAUAACAGAAUUAUAGACACACUUUAUACACGCUCAUGGUCAGGACAGGGUCGCAGAAGUCGUAGAUCGGAAAUAAAUGUGUCUUAAAUUUAGACGCAAGAGAAUCAGAGCGACGAAGGCUGACGCGUAAUCCGUUUCCAAGUUGAUGGGGCUUGGUAGGAGACAGAACUCUGUCCAUAGUCUUUGUCUGAGUCAGUGGGACUCGAAGAAGCCAGCUGGUGUCAGAAGAUGAGCGAAGAGGUCGUGUGGUGUAUAACUGGAAGUGAGUUCGGUGAGGUACUGAGGACCAGUGCCAGAAACGGCACAGUAAGUUAAACUGGAAAGUUUGUAGGUUAUACGGUCGCGACUGGCAGCCAGUGAAAAGAGCGAAUGAUGUUCAUUUCUAGAUGGCUUGCAGAUGAGGCGUUAUUCUGGAUCCUUUGAAGUCCGUCAAGAAGACAGUUGGGUAUAACAGCUAAAAGAGAAUCACAAUAGUCCAUCCACGACAGCAAAAAUGCACAGAUUAGAGUUGUAGUUGCAUCGGUGGUGAGAUAAUGACGAAUGGUACUUGUCUUACGAUGUUCAAGGUAAGUAUUUUUGCAGACAUGAGAAACAUACUGAUGAAAAGUCAAACUCUGAUCGAGGAUGACAGCCAAGCUGCGGACAGAGGUAGAGAAAGGAAUAGUUGAGUUGUUCAUAGAGAGAGGGAGAGAAAGGAUGACUCAUAAAUUUCUUUGGACAAGUAAGUCGCAGUUAAGUAUUAUCAUCACUCAGUUGCAAUCUGUUUUGGAACAUCCAAGACUUUAUAUCAUCUAUGCAUUCCUGUGUCCGUGGCAGUAGUCCAGAGAGUUCUGUAAAUGGAGCUGACUGAUAAAGCUGUGGAUCAUCAGCAUAACUCACAUGUGACGUGGCAUGGCGUGACAUAACAUCAGAGGGUAGUUAUAUAAGACAAAAGUAUUGGACCCAUACAGAUCCAUGCGGGACACCAUAUCUCAGGACAAACAUCUGAGCAAAAAAGUUUCUCAUUGCCUUCGCAACGUUGUCCAGAAGUAACGAUUUACCCUUGCUUCAUGAAUACGGCCUCAGAUGUUCAUCUGUACCCCUGGGUUUGCCUGCUCAGUUCCUACAUCGCCAAAAACCGUCUUUAGCCAUAGCUUGUGGGCCACAAAUAAGGCAGAGAUAUUAGUACAAUACUAGGUCUAGGACAUUUUCCUCAUUUUAGGACCCGCGCAACGGUCCUGAUCGAGUAUCAGCUCCUGGGAGCGUGCCAACUAGAUGGAUGCCUGAAAAAUAAUUUGAAACUUCCAAAACAGCUAGACCCAAGCCUGUAAGUGUAUUUGGGAGGCACCAAAGCAUUGGGCGUACAGAUGAUCAUCAUCCUUUCCAUCAGUUUGUCCACCAAGAGAUUAUAACAUUCGGCUCCAGGGAACCUUGGCUCUGACAGUUCAGCCACGCAGCAACAAGCAAAAUGUACGACCUUUACACGUCCGUGGUACAACCAACAAUCAAAAUGAGAUGUCAAAAUAUUCCUUUUUUUUUUUUUACAACUCAUGUUACAGCACUGUCACACUUUUACAAAAUUCAACUUUCCUUUACUGCAGUAUCUUUUGUAAAUGGUCGCACAUCGAGUUGUAGCUAUGUCGCGCAAGACAUUUGAAAUUGUCAAAUGAAAAACGACCAACAUAAAUUCCACCACGUACCUGACGUCCUUGAAGUCGCCAGAGAUAGCGGAUUUGCUGGUCAUCGUUGUGUUGGGGUGUAAUAAAGAAAAUGGCAGAACGAGAUUUAAGUUUUCGUGCAGAACGAUCUGUGAGACAUUUUUCUUCACAGAGCCCAUUCACCAUAGGAUUCUGUUCCCCACCCGUGACGCAGCAUCUACAUCACCCUAGCCCACUUCAGACAUGUUCUCCACGGGGGUUGCUGUUACAGUCGGACAUGUUUCUUUGUCCUAUGUUCUUGCCUGAGACACCUUCAAGUGUGCCAGGCACUAGUCCAUGCAUGAGCGCACUACCAUUGCCUUUGCCAUUUGACUGGACAUGUCAAAUAGAAAGAUUUCAUGGAGUAGAGGCUGUGUCACAAUACACUGAAAGGUCCAUGAAACAUCCUGGUAGGAUGUUGGAAACUCCUGUUUUUGAGUUGAAUAAUUACCUUCCUGUGUCUCUCAGCACAGAUCAAACUUCAUGCAGUCUUCCACCUCCCAAAAGUCACAAAGCAGAUGCCAAUGGCAAAGAGAUUAAAUUAUCCACAAGCCUAAAUCCAUGGGCCUCAGACUUUAAGCCACUGAAGGAGAGGCAAAGCAUGGGAAAUAGCAAUGACAUUGAGAACUUAAAUCAACAGACAUUUGUCAAAUCAUCUCAAACAUCUUCUAUUCAGAUUUGCAAACUCAAAUUAUGUAGAAAAGAUGAUGCUGAGACUAAAGGAUCCUCUUCUGAAGGUGCCAUUUGUGUUGCAAAAGAAAAAUGGAAUGAGAGUCUUCAAGACAUUACUGGAAACCAGUAUGAUGAUGUUUCCGUUCAAACUGAUGAACUACAUGUAAUAUAUACAAAAGAGUCCUUGCAUUGUGCAAAAGAUAAAACAGAUAAUAGUUCACAGACAUGUUCUAGAAAUAAUGGCAUGUUAUUGUCUUUGAGGAAAGAGGCAGAAACACAGACUGAUAAUCAUUAUGAGCAUAAAUCAUUGCAAACAGAAUGGGUGACUGAAAAACAAAGACUUCACAGUGUUGAUUGUUCAGAUAGUUUGCAGAAGAUUGCAGAGGAUUUAAAAAAAGAAGUUCAAAAGCUACAGAUUGAAGUGUGCCAUUUGCGAGCUGAACAGUGCAUUAAAGAAUUGCAUAGACAGAUACUUACACUGACACAGGACAAAAUGCUGUGGCAAACUUACUUCGUAACUGGCUCAGAGGCAGAGAGCACUGUUAUUGGUAUCAUUGACGAGAGAAUAUCCUGGCUUCAUUUCGAAAUCAAAAGACUGCAGAAGCAACUGAGCCAGUGUCUUUGUAAGUUUGAGAAGGGCAAGAUACUCUCCAGAUUGCCUGAGUUUUUCCUCAUUCUUCCAGACAAUAAUGUCUACCGUCCUGCAGCUAGUGCUAGAAGUGCCUCAGCUAAAACUGCACCAUCAUUCUCAGACAUUUUGGGAUCACCAUUAUCAUCAGCAGGGAGCCAGAGUUUGAAGAGCCAGAAGUUCAAGUCACAAGAUGCCUCAAAAAAGUACAUGAAUUUGGCUGUAGCAGAGUCUGCCUUGCGUAAACCAUCACAGAAUAGCUGUCACUUUUCUUUUGAAGACAAGGAAAAUCUCACAGUCUUUGACCUUCAGUCAUCUCCUGUCAGGCAGCAGUCAUAUCAUGAGCACUGUCCAGUUUUGGAGAGUUCACCAACGGUAUGUGAAAAUGGAUGCAAGAAGCCAGAAAAACAAAAUUACAGUGUUACAUCACAGAUAUGCACCCUAGACUCUUCUUUACAUAUUAUUACUUCAAAGAAUCCAUCUUUAACAGAGGUCAUUAAUGAUGACUCAGCCAAGUAUGCUACCUGCUCUGCGUUGACUGAAACCUCUGACAAAGAAAACGAAAAUCAGCAGUUUGAGAGUAUGGCUAAACGCAUGCAGUCAGAAGUGUUGGUAGAGAAAAGCUCCUAUAAUGGAGCCACAGAGUCAGUUCCUGGUUAUUGCAAUGAAGAAAACACAGAUAAGCAUCCAACGAAAGGGUACCUACAGCCAAGCAAAAAACUGACAAAAACCUUGCCACAUGAACAAACUCCGAGUGAUUCCUUGAAAAGUAGAGAGAUAGAAAAACCUUCACUUUAUCCGGAUGCUGCAGUUUCAGCUGAAGAUGACCAUAGAGGGAUGAGCAGGUUAGCCAAAAGUGAUUGCCAUUUGAAGCAAAUCAGUACCUUUGCCACAGAUUAUCAGAAAACAGAGAGAAAUAAGAAUGCAGCAACAGAUGAUAGAUUUCAGAUUCAGUCUAAUUAUGCAGAAUAUCCAUGGUCAAAAACAUCAGAUCACAGGACACUCCCAGAACAAUCAGAAAAAAUGCCUUCAAAAUUAUUAGAUCAUAAAGCAUGCACAGACAUGGGGAUGACUUUAGAACAGUUAAAUUAUGAGACCUUUCAGGAAUCAUUGGACAUGGACAGUGGAAUGCUUUUCGAACAAUCAGACCAAACUGCAAACAACAAGCAAAAUUAUAAGAUCCCAGAAAAAAGUAAAGCAUUGUCAGUUAACUGUGAACACGAGAACUUGUGCCUUCAGAUGAAUUUGAAAGAAUCUGUAGUUCCUUGCUUUGAGAGUGAUUUCUGCACAGUUGCAUCUCUGCCUGGUCCUGCCAUCAUGAAUGGCAUGAAUUUAGUUGAUGAUGAUGCAUUAAGUCCUGCUCAGUUUUCUGAGGAGGCAUUAGAUGUUGCUAGGCUGGGCAUUGAAGCUGAUAAGACAUCUAUGAAUGACAAACAUGAAUGCCAUCUUCUCAAGCAUGUUUCAAAUUCUCUCCAUGAAACAUUUGAUGUGGAUGCUGAAGACACAGUUUUAGAUGACGGAAUUAAGUUAACUGCUACUGCUGCUGCAAAGUUGAUUGAUCUGCAGCAGUCUGAUAGAAGAAGAGACUCCAAACUAAUUACUGCAUCUUCAGUCUCAGUAGUUUCUUCAGUGGCAGAAGGCAAGAAGACAGAUGAACAAGUAGAGAGUCAUGAUGUUGUCAAAGUCCAUCCUUCUUCUGAUCUUGUUGGUCAUCUUAAUGCCACGCAUUAUACUCAGCAUGCUGUUGCCAAGGAAGGUGACUUAUAUAACCCCACAAGUACUUCAGCCAUGCCCACUACAUUCCUUCAGCAUCACCUCCAACCUUUGACCCUUCCUGCUGCCUUGCAGACCACUUCCCAUGCUGAGCUGCCAUCUACUGAUUUGCAGUCUUCCUGUGCUGUGGCAUCAAGUAUGAGAUUAAUUUCUUCCACCUUGUCAGAGUUGGAUUUCGCAUCUGACAGCAAUUCUUCCCACUCGCAAGAACCAAGUGUUCAGUCCUCCAGCACCAUUUCUUCACCUUUGCAGCAACCUGGCAUUCCAGCUAGUAGUGUAAUUUUCUCAUCUCCACAAGGACCAGGUAUUCCUGGCCUUGAAGAGAUUUUGUCAGGAACCAAUAGUUUAUCGCCAUGUGCCAAUGAUUUGUACCCAAUAGUGUUGACUAUGCUGACUUUGGAAUAUCCUUUGCAGGCUUGUGACAGGGUUUGGCUACAGAAAACUGCACGGGAACAAACACAGCUUCUAUGGACAGUCCUGCAGAAUCAGCAAGGACCUUUAUCUUCUUUGGAAGCAGCUGUUUUGAAGCCACCUUUGACACCUGGACCAUCAUCAGCACCUGCCUCAGUGCCUAGAUCUGUUACAGAGUCACCAUGUCAUCCACAGACAACACCUGAUGCACCUUUUGCUAAUCAGACAAGUUUGCAGAUGUCACCCAAGACCUGUGAUAUUCCCCCAGGUUUCCAGAAAAUAGAACUUCAAGACUCAUCGUGGCCUGGUCCUGCAAUUGCCAAGAAGAGUGAUGAUGACGAUGACAGCUCUAGAGCAGCCUGUCAGUCUGGUGCUAGAGUACAUAAGGAAGGGAGUGACCAUCCUUCUACAGUCCACAUAUCACAUGGGUCCUUCAUUGAGACUCCAGAUCCCCAGCUUAACAGCCCUACUUCCUCAAUAAGCCUCUGCAAGAACUCUCAUGACUUAGAGUUUGAACUGGGAUGCAAAAUUCAGACUGCUGGAUCUGCUGAUCAGAACCAGACCUUUCUGACCAAAAAAAAUACUUUGGAGAAUGCCUGCCCGACAGAAAAUUCUGGUGCAUGGGAAAAGACUGGGAAAUUCUGUAAGAUGGAUGAGGUGAAGCAAGAGGAGCGACAUUCCAAAACCGGGAAUGCAAACAACCUGUCUGCUUCUUGCCACCAGAAGCUUGUGAGAUUUAUCAUGAAAACAUCCCCUCACCUAACUCCGGAGCAGUUGAGUAACGUUAUAGUCAAGGUAAAGGAAGAGUUUGGUGGCUGCCUCCAUGGACAACUGUUUAGCAACAUCACCAAGAAGGCCAAGUUUAUUGCGAUGCACUCAUACCCCGAUGUUGCCAGAUCCAUGAACCUUGCAAGUUCCAGUUGUGCAAUCUGCCAUGAAGAGAUGAAACCCCAGGGUUUGCAAAAGCUGACUUGUGGCCACUUUAUUCAUGUGCAGUGCUUCACCAAAUGGGUAGCACAAGACAGACAGUGUCCCACUUGCCAGAAGCUGGUGUCAUGCCCGAGUUUUUCGUACUAAGUAGGUGAAAGUAGAAGCUUGCAGCGACACAUAUAGGCUGUCCACUUGCAUGUUUGUUAUUGGAUAUGUGCAUGUUUUAUGCACUGAGCUUGUAACAGAGAUGAGUUGCAGUUUAGCUGUUUUCAUUUUAAAGUUUUUUGCAUUCUAUCUAUUGCUUUAAGCAUUUUUGAUGGACUUCCAUAAUCUGGAAGAAUCCAGGAACAAACUCAUUGGUAUGAGGUGGUGUAUUUUAUGUUUUUUGUGUUAUUUUCAUUUAAUUACAGUUUGUCAUAAUGUGAUUAUGUUGUUUGGCCUAACUGCUAUAUCUUUUUCUUUGAGCUAUGAUUAAAGACCUUUCCUUUUUUUCUUGAUUUUUUACUCAGGAGAUCAUGCAAAAUAUGCUUGCAUGUUUGUGAUACAAGCCAGUGUGUCUAUAAUGUGCAAAAUGAAGACUAUCUUGUAGGAUCUCUAUGUGUAAAUCCAAAUAGAUGCAGGGUUUGGAAUAUUUUACAAAUUACCAUUGUUCUCACAAAGGAGCUUUUUAGUUUUGAUUGAAUAUUUCAUGACUGGUAUUGUCAGCCUUUGUUUUGUUGUGUUUAGUUUUGCUAGUCACAAUUUAUAUAACUGCUAGAAGACAUCUAAGUUAAAGAUAAAUUUGUUCUUAUUUAUGAAUAUGUCAGCAGUUUUUCAUGAGUGGCAAUAAAGUACAAAU